UGCAGUGCUCGCAUAUCACUCCGUGACUGUCUCGGCCUCAAGGAGAGGCUGGAAGUGGUUCUCCGUCGAGCAACGGCUGGUUUCAUGGCCUUCUCCGAUGCCGGCACGUCUCUAUCGGGUUAUUAAUUGCGGUUCUUCAUCUCGCACUUGCGUUGCGGGGGCGGCAGAGGAAACAGGGUGGGGAGCGUCGUUUCUCGGAUGAUGAGCGGUGGUCGAAGAUGGUGAGGAGGAAUCUCGUUUUGGCAUUACUCUGCCUCACGGUUCUCGCGCCCAUCGUUCUUUACACGGAUCGGCUCUCUGCCGCCUCCGAGCCCAGCUCAAAUGACGAGGUCCUUGAUGAAGCUUCCGGUCUGAGCUUUGGGACGAACCAGGUUGGGGAACCGCAUGCGCUUUCGCAGGAGUUGACGAAUUCCGUAAAAGAGCCAGUCGGAGUUAUAUAUUCUGAUAAUUCAAGCAAUUCCAAUCAGAUUCCGACUGAUCCGGUGGAUGGAUUUGCAUCAUCAACCACCGCAGAAUUGUCAUUGGGGAAAUCUGAGGAGCACAAGAGCAGAGUUCUGUCGGCAGCGGUGGAUGAGAGGAGUCGGCCGGAGAGGGAGGCUGUGAUCAAGGAAGUGACCAAUGGGGUGAUAGGAAACGGGUUGGAGAAGCCCGAGUCAGUGGAAGAGCACAAAGAAAUGGGAUCUCAACAAACUAUUCCUAAUUCUAUUCAAGCAAAAGAGGAAAAUGAAUCUGAAAAGCAACAUAGACAGACAUCUCCUAGGAACAAUCCAGAAAAACACCAGACAAUCCUGAGAAAGAAGAGCAGCAACAUGACAAUUCCUGAUGCUAGGGUCAGGCAGCUCAAGGACCAGUUGAUUCGUGCAAAGGUCUAUCUUGGCAUUGGGCCCAUUCGAGCCAAUCCUCACCUUGUAAGGGAGUUACGCUUACGUAUAAAGGAUACUCAGCGUGUACUUGGAGAUGCAACCAAGGAUUCAGAUCUGCCAAAAAACACAUAUGAGAAACUGAAGGCAAUGGAGCUAAUUUUGAAUAAAGGCAAGCAGAUUCAAGACGAUUGUGCUGCUGUUGUAAAGAAGCUCCGUGCUAUGGUUCACUCUAGCGAGGAACAGUUACGAAUUCAUAAGAAGCAGGAAUUGUUUCUAACUCAACUUGCUGCUAAAACCAUUUCCAAAGGUCUACACUGUCUUCCUCUACGGCUUUCCAACGAGUACUUUUCCCUGAACUCCAGCCAGCAACAGUUCCCAUAUCGAGAAAAGUUUGAAGACCCUGAUCUCUAUCACUAUGCUUUGUUUUCGGAUAAUAUAUUGGCUACAGCAGUGGUGGUCAACUCAACUAUAUCUAACGCCAAUAACCCUGCAGACCACGUUUUCCACAUUGUAACUGAUAGACUGAACUAUGCAGCUAUGAGGAUGUGGUUUCUAGCUAACCCACCUGGAAAAGCCGCCAUUCAAAUUCAGACCAUUGAAGAAUUUACGUGGCUAAAUGACAACUACAGUCCAGUAUUGAAACAGCUUAGGUCCCAGUCCAUGAUUGACUAUUACUUCAGGACUCAUCAUGGUACUGCAAAUUCUGAUGCAAACUUGAAGUACAGAAACCCAAAGUACCUAUCCAUUCUAAAUCACCUGCGAUUUUACCUACCCGAGGUCUUUCCAAGGCUCAGCAAGGUGGUGUUUUUAGAUGAUGAUAUUGUUGUACAGAAGGACCUGACUGGCCUUUGGAAGGUUGACAUGAAGGGAAAAGUCAGUGGUGCGAUCGAGACAUGUGGGGAAAGCUUUCACCGAUUUGACAAAUAUCUCAAUUUCUCAAAUCCUCUUAUUGCCAAGAACUUCAAUCCCCGUGCUUGCGGUUGGGCAUACGGAAUGAAUGUGUUUGAUUUGGAUGAGUGGAGGAAGCAGAAGAUCACACAAGUCUAUCACUACUGGCAGAACCUGAAUAUUGAUCGACAGUUAUGGAGAUUGGGAAGUCUUCCUCCUGGCUUAAUAACAUUCUACAACCAUACAAUUCCCAUUGAUCACCGGUGGCAUAUUUUGGGCCUUGGGUACAACGCACAGGUGGACCUGAAGGACAUCGAAUCGGCUGCAGUCAUCCACUACAACGGAAACAUGAAGCCUUGGUUGGAUAUCGGCAUGCCUAAGUAUCGUGGCUAUUGGUCCAAGUAUGUAAACUACGAUCACAUUUUUAUACGGGACUGCAACAUCAAUCCUUGAAGAGUGGAUGUGGCGCUUAAGCAUCCUUCCAACCCUCUCUUGCAUCUUCUGAGUUCUCAGCAUGGAGUAAACAUGUUCAGCUCAAUUUUGCUCUCAUUAAUAAGUGCUCUUAUUCGUCUAGUUUUUCUUAUUCCCAUAGUUUUUGCCAUCUGCACAAGUGCAGUUGUAUUGUACAUGUUUCAUCUCUAAUAUCAGACACCAUGGUUUACAUCUUAUAAACUUUCAUUGAAAUUACUGUAAGCCAUAUUGUUUCUACUACCCUGAGAUUUAACUCUCAUCCUUAUAUAACAUGUUUCUUUCCCCCU